CCAGCCAACUAGCCCACCGACUUCGCUCUCUGGCGGCACUCAAACACGCCCAGGCGUGUAACAUUCGCAUUUCGCUAUCUUUAUUAUUAAGCUGGCCCACAUAGCGCAGGGGGCCUGUUGUGUUCAGCUCAUGAGUCGGUUCUGCUGCCCAUUGCUGCCCAGCUGAAUCGUGGCCUGCACCAGAACAUGACCGAGCCAGCUUCGUCGCAUGACGCUGCAGCGCCAGGUACGGCAGGUGCUGCUACCACACCAGAUCCCACAUCCCUCGAACAGUCUGGUACAGCCGCCACCACCGCUGCGAGCAAUGGCACCGGAACCAAGCGGAAGCGAGGAGGUGCCGGGCCGGGAAGCUCGACCAGCUCUCGCGGCGUCGCCAACCUCACACCGGAGCAGCUGGAGCGCAAGAGGGCCAACGAUCGCGAGGCCCAGCGCGCAAUCCGCGAGAGGACGAAGCAGCAAAUCGAACGGCUGAACGAGCGCAUCAGAGAGCUAGAGAGCAGUCAGCCAUACCGAGACUUGCAGGCUGUCAUCAGCCAAAAGGACGCCAUCCAGGCCGAGAACGAUGAGAUUAAACGGCAGCUCGCGAACUUCAUUUCUGUCUUCCAGCGUUAUUUGGGCAGCUCACGUAGUCUUGAAGAGCUUGCGGCGGUUGCUGAACGGAAUCCCUUACCCUAUCCUCCGGCUGAGCAGACGCAGUUGCUGUCACAACAAGACACAUACUCCUCACACGCUCCAGCGCCAGCAGAUCAUGCGUCGCCGCUCGGUGGUGUCCCCAGUGUAGGAUCUCCUGCCAGCCAGACGUCCAUACCACGAAGUUAUCCGUACAAUACAAUCGCCCAGCCCUCCAGUCAGACCCGAUCAUGGAUGGCUGCUACGCCCAACCCGCCUUUCGAACGUCACUCGCAAACCGUUCAUCCGGACCUGGCAUAUGGCCAGAAUGAUGAACGGCUAGGUGUUGACUUCCUUCUCGACAGCAGCGACCAGCGAAUGGGCAAGAGCAUCAACGGCGUAUCGCCAAGUCCGCAGACUCCUGGCGGUGGCGACCAACAGCUUCGCCACUACAACAUGAUUCCAAAACGUGUGCCAGCCACAUGCCCGCUCGACGCAAUCCUACUCGACGCUGUGGCCGAACGACAUCGCGCCCUCAACAAUGGCAUACCAAGGGAGGAAGUGGCGGGUCCGACAUACCCGAACUGGAAUCAUUUGCUGAACAAGAACACGACCACCCCUGUACACCCGAUAUCGAAGCUCAUUACAGACAUACUGCGCACCUUUCCUGAUCUGAACCGGCUGCCAGAGCAGGUGGCAGUGAUAUAUAUAAUGUUCUUGAUCGCGCGAUGGGAGGCGGACCCUACCAAGGAGAACUAUGAAUUGCUACCGGAAUGGGUGAGGCCGCUGCCUUGUCAGCUGUUCACGCCUCACCCAUGCUGGCUGGACUAUCUACCAUGGCCACGUCUCCGCGAUGCUGCUGUGCAAACUACGCCUUUCACUAGCUUUGACACCUUCUUUGUUCCUUACACUACAACCCUAUCGCUCAACUGGCCGUACGCUCCAAGCGACGUGCUUCUCCCGACAUCUGCGGGGCCUCCGCAUCCUCUGACCUCCAGUUCAUCUGUCAUUAACAUGACUAGCCCAGGUUCAGCCUCAAGCCCUGGCGCAGGAAGCGAUGCUGGCCCUGAGCCAAUUUGGAAAAUGAACCCGGCGUUCGAGACACACCUCAGAGAUUUGAGGAAUUGGAGUUUGGGGCCACUUUUCAGGGAUACGUUUCCAGAGUGGGCGGAAUGUGUGAGGAUCAAGGAUGACUCCGAGGGAGGGUUGAGAAGGACACGAUGAUUUACGACUUCUACUCUGGGAGCACGGAGUUUACGUGUUGACGGUGGCAAGGUCUUGAAUAUUCGGAACCGGAGUAGAAUCAUUUCGGUCACUCCCCCACAUUGGGGUCUUUUGAUUGCUUUGGGGACACUUCAAAAACACGUUUGAGACUUUGGAAAACUUUGAGCUGGGUGGCUUUCUCCCAGCUUUCUUUUGGCAUUGCGAGAGCGUUCUGAGUAGGGGCGCUGGCAGGGUUUUUGAAUCAAAAUUUAAUAGGCGUAAAGCACCGCGUCAUCGGAAUGGUGGGCUGCCUGCUUGCGGAUAAGUCGGCCUUGUCUUUCUCCCUUCAUGUCGUUCAGGGCACAAUUGGUACUGGCUUAAGCUGUCCGCAUUUGUGGUUGUUUCCUGGAACCUCAAAGUCGACACUCAUAGGCAUGUGUUCCAGAUGCGUCGUCUUUUGUAUGGACGAUGCUCACACUCUUCAAAGUUCAGAGGUCGCAAAUGGCUCCCAACCGCUGCUUCGAGGGGGAGAGAGCUCCAGUCGAACCGAGGCCUGCCCCGGUUGUGACUUUCUUCUUCCAUCGAUGUCCUACUAUGCCUUGUGCUGCUCAGCGAUGAUCUUUCUGUUCAUCGUGAUCUUGUCCAGGAUCUUAGCCGCUCCUUUUUCGAUCAUAAUCCUCGCUACUUCCUUGCCCAGAUCCUCUGCGGCCUCCUUCGUUCGAACGCACAUUUUUGCCUCGGCUUCCACGCUCUCGUCGCCCUCGACACUGACAACUGACGCGGCUAGCUUUAGCAUGUCGUCGUUCUCCCAUGUCGUCUCCACACCUAAGGGAACGCUGCAACCUCCCUCAAGCGUGCGCAUUAGACUUCUUUCCGCUAGGCAGGCUCGCUCGGUCUUCCAACAUCCAAGCUUCUCAAGGAGCGCCCGUACCCUCUCGUCGCCUUCGCGGGUCUCGACGCCGAUGGCGCCCUGCCCGACAGCGUGCAUCAUGCCUCCGUCCGAUGCGGACAGAUAUGCCGUGAUUCUAUGCCCCAGACCUAACCGCACCAGGCCCGCCACGGCAAUGACUAUGGCUGCAUAGUCCGGCACCACCUGGUCGGUGAAGCUGGACGGAUCAUCCAGCUUGCGAAGCCGCGUGGGCACGUUGCCUCUCACGUCAGCGAACUUGAGAUGUGGGUAACGCUUCUUCAUCUGCGCGAUGCGUCGGAGCGAGCUCGUGCCUACAACACUGCCCGCUGGUAGGCUGGACAAAAUCUCGUCUGCAGACAGAGGCUUCUUCGAAUCCGACUCGGCAGGCAGCCGACUGGGUUUGAGCACCAGCGCAUCCCUGGGGUCCUCGCGUGGGAACACGGCACCAAGGAUCAGCCCUUCCGGCAGCUGCGUCGGCAUGUCCUUCAGACUGUGCACGAUCAUGUCCAGCUU